CGAUGUGUGCUGGACCUAAGUCCUUUUAAUCCGGUUAUGAGUGCGCGCGCGCAUCACUCGCUAGCCCGCCGUCGCUCGCGCAGCCCGCCAACUGCGCAAGACGUAACCCGCGAAGUUUGAAACUUUUAUUUUUAUAACAAUUUUCAACUACAAACAAGCAAAAUGUACAAAUCAUUAAUAGUUCUCUGUGUUGUUUUCUGUGUAGUAAUCGAAGCCCGCCCAAAAUGGCAGCACCUGCAGCCGGUGCCUGGCUUCGUGCCCGUCUACAUCAGAACUGGAGACACACCGCUGGAAGAGAUCAACCUCGAGUUAGCUGAGGCCUUCCACGAACUGCCCGCUGGCAGGAGUGCCGGCAAGCAGGUGGAAGCUUCACCAGACAUCCCCGAACAAGCUGACCAGCCCCAACCUGACGAGAUUCCCGCCCCAGUCGACGACAACAUCGACCGCCGUCCAUACGAGAAAAAACUCCUCGAGAAGAAAAAGAAAGCGUCUUCCGAACUCCCGAAACCGAUCGAACGUAGAUAAAUAAGCGUACUUAAGUCUUAAUAUUAAGUCUAAUUAUAACAAUCAACUCGAUAUCGAAUACUCAGUUCUCCAAAAGCUUGCCAUUAGCUUUAUUUAUUAUUUUGAUGUUAUUUAUUAACGCAUGUAAUCGUAGCAGUUUGCCAUUUUGUAUUUAGGAUUCCCUCGAAUACAAUUUAAGUAAAUAAUUUAUUUUAAA